CCUCGAUUAUUUCAAUUUACAAAAAGCAGCCUGGGAGAGUUUUUAUGAGAAACCCUAGCGUGCCAUUAUAAAACCCAAAACCCUCUCUCAAACCUCUUCUCAGUCGCGGGGGAGAGACCCUUCCAGCAACGCCUCCCGACAAUGUCGAAGCGAGGUCGCGGAGGAUCCGCUGGAAACAAGUUCCGGAUGUCGCUGGGUCUUCCAGUGGCAGCGACUGUAAAUUGCGCAGAUAACACUGGCGCGAAGAACCUGUACAUCAUCUCCGUGAAGGGGAUAAAGGGCAGGCUCAAUCGUCUGCCGUCCGCUUGCGUUGGGGACAUGGUCAUGGCCACUGUCAAGAAAGGCAAGCCCGAUCUCCGUAAGAAGGUCAUGCCUGCCGUCAUCGUUCGCCAGCGCAAGCCGUGGCGCCGAAAGGACGGUGUAUACAUGUAUUUUGAAGACAAUGCUGGUGUGAUAGUGAAUCCCAAGGGAGAAAUGAAAGGUUCCGCAAUCACAGGGCCUAUUGGAAAGGAGUGUGCGGAUUUGUGGCCUAGGAUUGCAAGUGCCGCGAAUGCCAUUGUGUAGGAGUGGUUAAUCUUUAUUUGGUUGAGGAUUGGUUUGUUGAAGUCUUGGUUUUUGCUUGCUGCCAUCAGAUUUUUGGUGGUAGAUGUAGCUAGCUUUCAUGGUCGAUUAGUGUUUGGCACUAGUAAAACCGUGAUUAUUUUGGAUCUCCGCCUUGUAUGAUGUUUUGUUCUCGUAGGAUGCAUUUAGAUACGCCCUGAAUGUGAGCUUUGCGAUUGUUGGUGCAACCACGGAAUAAAAUACAAAGAGCUAGUUUUGAAU